UUUCCUUUUAUUCCGUUCGCUUGGACACGAUGGCUGUGUGAAUAUAAAAAUAUCUCUACAUCAUCUACAAUAACAGAAAAGAACCAGGCAUGGCUGGGAAGCCGUUCCGGGCCACCUAUAUCUGGAGCAGCAUCAUCUCCAAUCUCCACACUUGCGUGGAGGUUAAGCGCCGGCGCCACAACCUCAAGUCCUACCAUGACUGCUUCCUGGGCUCAGAGGCCGUGGACGUGGUCCUGGCACACAUCACCCUGAACCGUUUCUUUAGCGACGAGGCGGUGCCCCGCUUCAAGGCCGUCCGUCUCUGUCAGGCCCUGAUGGACUCAAGGGUAUUUGAGCCAGUGGGCGUGAAAGUAUUUUGCAAGGAAAAGAAGCCAGCCACAUUCGAGGACAGUAGUUGCAGUUUGUACAGGUUCCUGAGCCCAACAACCGACUCCUCAUCAUCGCUGGCCAACGCCAACUCCACUAGCACCAUCGAGAGUGGCUACGACUCACCAAACAUGAACAGGAACAAGAACGGCUACAGUUCGUCACAUGAAAGACAAGGCGUGCUGAGCCCUGUAAACACAGAGAAAUCACUGGAGGACGUGCUAGGAAACCUCAACCUGAACUCCUCCAUCACCCCUCAAAUGAUCAACCUCGGCCUCUCACAAGAGCUUGUGGAUGAGGUGUGGCACCAGCAGGCUGUGUUCAGGCUGUUGCAGCUGAUAGAGCUCCCCCUGUUGGAGAAGCUGUUAGAGGGUAAAGACACAUCGCGGCCUCCCCUGCGUGGCAUGGACAGUGACCCGGACCUGUUGUAUACAUCAAGCUACCUCGACCGAGAGGUCCUCAAGGCCUUCAGUGAAGCACAGGCCGAUGAGUGGAUGUCAGGAGCAGUGGACUGUCUGGAGUUUCUGCCUGAUGAACGGGUGGUGGAGGUCAGCCGAGGACUGGCCGGUUGUGCUGAUGACCUGCCCCGGUGUAAGGGUCUGCUCUAUGACAUCCUGGCUCAGCAUUACGGAAGCGCUCAACAGCCACCUCUGCUCAGCAAUCACAUUUUCGACAUCCACUCUGGCAUCUCGGAGCUACUCGUGAACGGCAAGCAAGAGCAAGCUCUAGAAACCCUGCAGCUGAGCCUAAAGCUGCAAGACUCUCGCAGCAGAGAGGAGCUACGCAGGCUCCUGAGAUUCAUGGCCGUUGCAGCCAAACCAGAGGAGGUCAAGCUGCACAAAGAGAUCGAGAACAGAAUGGCGGUGAAAAGGUCUUUCUCAAGUGCCAUCGUCUCCAGCAGAAAACUCUCCAAAGGAAAGGUGGACUUGAUGGUUCUGUUCAUGAUGGAUAACCAUUGUGAUCUGUUCAAAAUUCCGGUUUCAUUACACAAGAUGGUCAGUGACAGAAUAAUGAAUAUUGUGAAAGGGAAAGAUCCAGAUGUGAUAACAGGAUCAACAUACUGCACAAGAGUGAGCUCUCAGGCAUUCUCAGAGAAUGCAGAAAAAACGACGGAAGAGGAACUUCGGUCCUUACUCCGGGGAGUCCACGAGAACCCGAAACUCUCCAAUAAAGAGAAGAGACGGCUGCUGGGACAGUUUUAUAAAGGCCACCCAGAGAUCUUUGUUCAGUACUUUGGAAAUAGAUUGUCCAGUAUCAAUGUGGUGCUACAGUGAUAUUUAUUGUAUUAUAAUGUAAAGAGAGGUAGCCGUAAGAACAAAAGCUUAUGUGAUGUGAAGAUGUGCAGAAUGUGGAUUUUAUUUGCUUGCAUGUAAAUAGUUUAAACUACUGAAAAAGAAUGUGAAUUUUAAUUGUGGAGAUAUUUUCUUUGGUGCAGGACACUAACAAGAAACGUCCUUGUCUGUUAUAAAUGUAUAUGAGACUGUUACUUUCCCAUAACGACUAAAUGAACCUAGUAUUCCUGAGAGUUUUUUUUUUAUGUUUUCACACUGCAACGUGUCUUGAUGGCAUUCGGACAAGUCUGCAUAUAUCUAUUCAAUGGAAACAUUGUUAGCAUUAAAAAUGUGUCUGUUCAUGCGGUUUAUCGUGUACAAUGUGACGCACAGUGGAACAAUGUCUUGAGGAACCCUCAAACGGAAAUUUGAACCUGGAAAUUUGAAAGUCUGAUGAUGUGCUGUUGUACACAACAGUAAGAGGCAUUCAUGAGAAUCAGCCCUCUGGGUCUUUGUGUUUGUUGCAACAUUUCAGCAAAACAGAUGUUUGUACAUUUUUUUGUUUCUUCUUCUUUUCUUUCUUUACUUUAAAGUUGAACCAUCGCCACGUUAUAGUGGUAUCUUCAGGGUUCUGUUUCGAAUAUGUUUUAUGUAUUCCUUCUAAUCAGCCGAGGAAAUCGCUUCCACAUUUCCAGGUGACAAAAGCAUUCCCAGAUUAAGUUUGAACCACUCACAUCUUUCGGCAAAUCUUAAUAAAAUUCAACUGGAAUUGUUAAAAAGUCAACUGGAAUUGUUAAAUAUCCAUACAUGUACAUUGUCCUUUUUUUUAUUGUCGACACAAAAUGUGUUUAUUCUGAUGAAAAGAGAACAAAUGUGAUCGUUAAGUCAAGCAAUUUAUCCAUAGAACACAAAUAAUAUUCACUUUUGAGACAAACUGUCUCAAAAGUGAAUAUUAUUUGUGUCCUGUCUUACAUGACCCAGAUACAGGCACAUGGCCUUUUCUCUUAAAAACAGCCAUACAGUCCCUCCCGUCUUUAAAUAGAGUGGCGUAAUUGAGAAAUCUAAAGCAGUUUUAUGCUAUUGAGGUUCCCAGUCAACUUACGAACUUGUGAAAUUGUGUUUUUCACAUGCUGUUUUUUGGUAGAAAUCAAAGAAGUAGGUUGGAAGUACUGUAAUGUUAAGUUCCCUUUUCAUAAAAGGCCCGCACUGUUUCUCAUACGGUCAUUCUUUACAUGCAAAACACGGAGGCUUUCUUCUCAACAUUGACAAGUUUA